AUGGCUGAAGCUAACGAGAGAAGUAGAGAAAUGGCGAGAAGCAAUAGUUGUGUGUUCCCAAGAGAUCUGCUUCAGAGAUUUAUCUCUAAUUCAGGGGAAGGUGUUGAAGAUGAUGAUGAAGAAGAAGAAGAAGAUGAGGAGAUCGAGUUGAAUCUGGGUUUAUCUCUUGGCGGGAGAUUCGGAGUUGACAAAAGCAACAAGCUCGUGAGAUCCUCCUCCGUUGUGGUUACGAUGCCUCUUUUCCGGGAGAAUCAUCAGCCGGAGACGAAGCCUUCGUUGACGACGGGGACAUCGGCUGUGGCGGAGGCGGCGACGACGACCACACGGCAUACGGGUUUGAUGAGAACGACGUCGUUGCCGGCGGAGUCGGAGGAAGAGUGGCGGAAGAGGAAAGAGAUGCAGACUCUUCGGAGAAUGGCGGCGAAGAGAAGGAGAAGCGAGAAGCUUCGUAGCGGCGGCAGCGGCGGAAGCAGCAUCAAAUCAGCCGAAGCUAAUAGUAAUAAUCCGGGAGAAGCCUCCACCACUUCGAGACGGCGAGGUAGACCGUCAUCAGGGCUGCCACGGUGGUCGGCGACGGCUAAAAACGCUGGACUUUUGCGACAACAGAGUGCUGGUUUAGAUUCACUGCAAGGCUCCAUUGACUCCCAAGGCGGAGGAGGAGGAAGCGGCGGAGGCGGCGCCGGAAGUUCUUCGAGUGUCUCCGAGUUAGAAACCAAAUCUCACCAAGCGUCAAGCGAAGAAGCAAGAAGCUUACCCUCAACGACACAACAACAACAACAACAACAACAUGAAACAGCAAAGCCGAUGAAUCGGCUGAGAAGAUUGAGUUCAGUGGACAUGAAGAUAGAGCCACAAGGGAAAGGGAAAAGCGAGAUGCCAUGUGUGUUCACCAAAGGAGAUGGUCCUAACGGGAAGAGAGUCGAUGGGAUUCUGUACAGAUACGGUAAUGGAGAAGAAGUGAGGAUCAUGUGUGUCUGCCAUGGCAAUUUCUUGUCUCCUGCUGAUUUCGUUAAACAUGCUGGUGGUCCUCAUGUAGACCAUCCUCUUAGACACAUUGUUGUCAACACUUCUUCUCCUUCUAAUCUCUUAUAG